AAAAUUUUAGUGUAUCUUUGAAAACUUUGCUAGGCUGAACUUCCUGCACUUAGCUUCUAUAUCUUUAUCAGUGACAUAGUCAUCUACCUAACGUAACUUCUCGAGCAUAAUGAAUACUAUGUAAGCGCCUGCUGCGAUCCGAAUUGCAAUCAUUAAUUGCUGUAAACAACGAAUAGAUCGGUUGUGAUCUUCGCUAAUUUCGAUACACUGAUCCUAAGAAAAACUGCAUAGUUGCAAACGAACACUCGGAUUGACGAUGACGGAGAACUACAGGGCUUGUGUUAGGUGGACAUUGACACUGAUCAACUUGCUUCUUGCGGUAAUUUCGAUAUUAACUCUGCUUCUGGGCGCAUACUACAUAUGGAAGAACGGCGAUGCUCUUCGACCCGGGAUAGCGGCCAUCGUUUUCGGUAUGGUGAUACUUCUUGUUUCGUUACUCGGCUGCUGUAGUACAUACAAACGGAAGGUAUGCUUACUUAUCACUUACGCCAUUGUCCUAAACUUGAUGCUGUACUGCGCGCUCGUAAUCUCCGGCCUUAUAUUCUACGCUAGUUGGCACCUUGAGGACUUCAAGAGUUAUUCGAAUGACACAAUGUAUGAGUACUACACAAAUAAGACCUCGAAAAGAGAGUGGGAUACCAAGCAAAAAACGUACGAAUGCUGCGGCCUCGACAGGCCCAUUGACUGGAAGAAAGUGCCGAACUUUCCGGGCAUAUUCCCUGACUCCUGUGGAGUGAGGCCGUUAAAUCGAACAGGAUGUUGGAAGCCCGAAAAGGAAACGUUAGGAGUAGCGUUUCUCAUUGGUCGUGUGAUACUUAUAGCCACUGCCGUCGUCACGAUCACAGGUAUACUAGGUGCAUGCUACCUCGCCAGUAACCCCGGUCAACGAGGGAGGACAGGUCGAGAGAAAAGAGCGCGACAAACUAGGUUAGGUCUGUUCCAUGAUAAUGCGGGGCUAAAUAUGGCAAAUAAGAAGUAUUGUAGUAUUGUACAAGCAGUAGAAACCAAAUUGAGCCGAGCGAUGGGCCGGACUUGGGCGAAAUUCGUGAAAUUUCUGUUCUUGUUGUUGAACAUCGCUUUUGGAAUACUUGGUCUCACGUAUUUUGGCUGGGCAUUACGUCAGCAAGGCCAAUAUAGCAAUGACAUACCUGCUGAAAAUGGCCUUCUAUUAAUCAAUAUCGGUAUUGGAUCCACUUUGUUUAGUGCUGCCCUUCUCGGCUGUUGCGGUGUUUAUAAAAAGAGUAGCAUCAUGCUAAAAACGUAUUCUGUCUUUUUAAGCAUACUACUGUUAAUUCAGGUCUGGGUCAUUAUCUUCAUGUUCGCAAUCCAUAAUAAUGUAGUGAACCGACAAGCGCUGGUUAACGAGACAAUGUUCCGGUACUACACAGUCGUAUCGGCCAGAAAGCAGUGGGACACCAUACAAAGCCAUGCCGAAUGUUGCGGUCUUGAAGGUCACGUCGACUGGAAGAAUGUACCAGGAUAUCCAGGGCAGCCGCCCAAAUCCUGCGGUGGUGACCCAUUGAAACGACCCGGAUGUUGGGUGUACAUAAAGAAAGUGGCCGAAACCAUAGUUUUUGCCAUAGUAAUUGUUUCGAUGGCCAUUGGAGUGGUCGAAUUUCUCAGUGUAGUAUUAGCCUGCCAGUUAGUCCGCAAAUACCGAAACGAUAGCCUGAUCGUUAACGGAGCAACUAUCGGAGCUCCUACUGGCUAGGACGCAUAAUCAACGAUCAACUGGCCCGCCGAUGUCAGUUCUACCGCUGUGGUUUUAUAGAUGUCAGUGCCCACUCCAUUUGCGAAGUAAGACUCAUGUGUUAAGGGAGCCGAUACGUGGUCGCAAAUAUAUUAUUCUAAAAUUUGGUUGAAAGCAUGUCAA